UUCUUUAAUAAAAAAAUUUAUAAUAUAAUAUUUUUGUUUGAAUAAAAUUGCAAAAGGUAUAUUUAUGAGUAAAUGGUAAUAAUACGGUUACUCUAUUCUCUUUCUGUGUUUCUCCGGCGCCGAUGAUAUUCGUCAAAUACCAAAACCCCUCUCCCUUCCCCUCUCUCUCGCCGCCGCACCAUCUGCCCUCCUUCACUCGCCCAACCAGCACCUUGGCUUCGUCCAAUCCCCAAACCCAGAUCUGAAGUAUCGGCUGGUAUUGGUGCUUCAGAAUUGAGUGAUUAUCUUCUUCACUUAUGAUAUUUGUAUUUGGUUUGUUGGAUUUUUUAGAAAGUUUCUCCUUUUGCCAUUUCCCAUAAAAUGUUAGGCCUCACCACCUCCUUGUGCCCAACAAUCCGUAUCCCAAUAGCCUCAACACUAAGACUUUCUCUGUCUGAACUUACAUACAGAAGUAAUCUUGAUUUUUACAACAAAAACCGAAGAAGAAGAAGAAGAAAAAGACUAACAACACUAGUGGCAUUUGCGACCAAAAACGACAAAGAGUUGAAGAAAGAUCCAAGAGAGAGAGAAGAAAAUGAUGGAGCCGAUAAAGGAGGAAUCAGCGAUAGCGAUGGUGAUGAAUCGGGGAAGGAAAAUCGACGGUCUAUAUUCAGUGGCUUAAGAUGGGGAGAUCUAGUGCUGAGCCCAGAUCCUGAUAACAUAUUGGCCGUCGGAUUAACAGGGCUGCUGACAUGGGCUAGUGUUCAAGUGUUAUGGCAACUCUUGUUUAUUUCGUUAGCCAUUCUUCUUGCGGCUGUUAAGUACUCUCUCAUUGCUGCUCUUCUUAUAUUCAUUCUCAUAACUCUUCUUUAACUUUGUAAUUGUUCUCAUUAUUAAUACAGAAAUGAUCCCCAAUUACUUUUGA